AGAGCCGAGGCUCGCCCGUGGAAUAAUUGAUCCAAUCGAAACUCCGCUCGCUCCCGCCACGUUUUGUGCACCGACGCGACACUCUUUAUGUAAGCUCCCCGCGUUAAGGUCGCGCGCAUCUCGCCGCUCGAUCCGCGAGUUCCCAUACGGCGGCCAACAGUGUGUUCCGCGCCGUGAUUCACAGAAAAGGAGUACCACCUUGCCGCAUCGACCGUACGGGGAACGCGGACCGGCCGACCACGAUCGAGACAACGACGAGCAACAACAAGUGUCCUGGUUAAACGAUUCUCUCCGCCCCGCUUCUGCCCUCGCUUGGCACGCGCCAACUUCUUUACCGUAAUUUUCGUGGAACUUUACGCGCGACGCUUUCCGGCGUUGCUGCUUCGUUUUUAUUUCAAGGCCGCUUCGACUCGACUCGACCCGACCCGACCCGACCCGACCCGACACGACCCGACACGACCCGACACGACCCGAUCCGACCCGCCGUGCCACCGCUCCGCCGCUUUCACCGAGGAGGAGGAGCGGGUUAGCAGCCGACAACGGGACGCGACGCGAUGCCGUUCGAUAACAGCGACUGCCGUACCAUUGGAACGCGCCUCGACGGAGCCUGUUGAUACCGGGGGAUGAUAAUCCUCACCCAAGAUCGGUCGAUCUCGAACCGUGGAUCGCGAGCAUUCCGUAACAGCAACCCGUUACGCUCUCGCAAAUUUCACGGAAAACGAAAUCGAACGGCGUGAUCCUGCGGCGAGGGGACAAUUUUGGGAAAGAAGCGGUGGUUUCGGAACGCUAUGCUGCAAGUCGGAGACGAUGGGGCAUCGAGGCAGGAUUUACACGGUACCGGGAUGACGCUUCGGUUAACGGUUUGCGGUGGGGGUGUGGCCGUACACCUUCGCGAACGCCUACGCGGAACGUAGAACCGUGUAGCAUCGAUGCGGCUCGAGUCGAGCUGAGCCGGGCCGAGCCGUGCCGAGCCAAGUCGAGCCGAGCCAAGCCGAGCCUUGCCGCGCGCAAUCACGGGAUAGUCGCUCGAGGUAGACGCAGCGAACAGUCGGUCGGAGGUGCAUGAACCGCCGCGUGGCGCUGCCGUCGCUGUUGGCUUGCCACCACGGUUGCACCGACGCCGUUCGCCGUCGUCGACGACGACGCCGUCACCACCACCACCACCACCACCACCACCACCACCACCACCACCAUCGCCGCCACCACUUCUACCACCGUCGCGACCACCACCCCUCUCGCUGGCUGUCCGGUUGGUUUACGAUUCUGACAGUGGCCCGAGCGAGCGGUGACAAGGGAGCCAGCAGUCGUCAGUGCGCCGUCGUGCCGUGCACGGUGUCCGCGUGCCGUUUCUCUUUAAUGGUUCGACCGCGUGGCCGGCCAGCUGUCAAACGCGUAUCCACGGAGUUCGAUCGUCGGCGACGAGGUAGCCGCUUCCGGUUCUCGCGCGUACCGCGUUAUCCGAUAUCGAAGAUCGAUCUCGUCGGGAUGCAGUGAAGUGUUAUUCCUUUCGCCGAGACCCGAGAAGAAACGGGGUCGACCCGAAUUUGUUCGAGCUCGAACGAAAAGGUGUAGUUGCGCCGAGAUCGAUCGACCGAGGAAGGAAAAUGUGCGUCGUUUUGGUAGACCCGUCGAGGGGAUUUUGCCGCGCGACCGACCCCGCGACCGGCGCGCGCACGUGAACCGUUGACACCAUCAACAACGCGUCGCGCCGGGGGUUCGUCAGGGGUAGGAUAGCACCGACAGUCCCUGGAGGAAGCGUUCGCGAGGAGAGAUGACCGAGCUGGCGAAGGAAGCGUUCGCUUCUCGUAAUUACAGCCUCGCCGUCGAAAUGUACGAACGGAGCUUGAAGCAGCAAAGCCCCAGCUUCGAUAUGCUGGUCGGAUACGGGGAUUCGUUGGCCAAGUGCGGGAGGAUCAAGGAGUCUAUCGGUGUUUACUCGAGGUGUUCGGCGGUCGGAUCCGUCCCGGCGGACAAGCUGAAACACCUGGCCAAUGCCCUCCUGGAGGAGGUGGCAGGCGUCGCCACGACGAUCGCCGGCUCCAGGAGGAAGGUCGAGACGUCGUUCGCGUGUCCCUUUUGCGAGGGGACCUUGUGUCAGCCGGUUACCACCAACUGCGGCCAUACCUGCUGCAAGGCUUGCGUGGAACCUGGCAAAAACUGUCGCGUGUGCGGACAGAAGAUCGCCGCUGUGGGUGAGACCAAUGUGCUUGUGCAGAGGCUUGUGGAAAAGUGGUGGCCCCGCGAGGCGGAGGCCAGCAGGGCAAGGCACGAGGGUGACGCUUUCGUGAAAGAGGGACACUUGGGUCAAGCUCUCGAGAGGUACAACCUGGCGAUUCAUCUCGCGCCAAACAGCCCACUCCAUCUUAGCAACAGGGCUCACGUAUUGCUUUUGCUGAAUAGGCCUCAAGCGUCGCUCACCGAUGCCGAUCAUGCGGUUAGGCUACGACCGGAUUGGGGCAAGGGCCACUACAGAAGAGGGGUAGCUUUGUCGGCACUGGGUAGGCACGAAGAAGCGCUGUUCGCCUUUUGCAUCAGCGUUGCCAUCGAUAGGAAUCCCCAAGCUGUACGCCACGAAUUGAUCAAGGUGCUGUACAAAGUGCUGUCGGUCGGGCAUCGUCGUUACAAUGCGUCGUCCCGGGCUCCAUAUAAUUUGUCGGAGGGUGCGUCGCGCACGAGAAGUCGGCAUCAAUUGAUGAACCCGAAAAGAAAUCGUCGCGCAGUUAUUCAAGGUUCCGACUGCGAGGACAAUAGCAGCGGCGGCGAGGAAGAAUUCACGCAGACGGUUAGCAGGAGACUCUUGUCGACCGCAGCGCCACGCAACGGCAAGCUGCAGGCUGGCCUGGAUCGCGUGUACCAAGAUAUAGAAAAACUGAAAAGACUCGAAACAAGGCCCGCCGAAAUUCUUCUACCGCCCCUUUCUUGCGGCACUGCCGGCGAGUUGGAUUGCAUUCUCUGCUGUCGAUUAUUAUGGAAACCCGUAACGACGCCCUGCGGGCACACGUAUUGUUGGAUGUGUCUGGAUCGAUGCUUGGACUACUCGUCGGUUUGUCCUUUAUGCGUCACGUCUCUCGCCGAUUACUUGGCCAGCAGCCAAAAGACGGUUACGGACUUUGUGGAGAGAGCUUUGAAGACCGUGGCACCGGCGGAGUACGCGUCGAGGGCGACCAGCCACCGAUUGGAGCUCGCGCAGGGACUCGGCCUUUUGGACAGCGAACAGAUCGCAGUGUUCGUUUGUACCACCGCGUUCCCUUGCGUCGCGUGUCCUCUCUUCGUCUACGAGCCCAGAUACAGGCUGAUGGUCAGGAGAUGCGUGGAAAGCGGCGUUCGUCAAUUUGGCAUCGCGGCGUGUCUGAACAGGGAAGCGACGGGAACAAAGAGAUACGCGGAAUACGGCACCAUGCUCGAGAUUCGGGACAGGGUUCUGUUGAAAGACGGUUGCAGUAUCCUCAGUACAGUCGGUGGAAGGAGAUUCAGGGUUAUCUCCGGGGGUGAAAGGGACGGCUACGAUACCGCUCAAGUGGAAUUCUUGAGGGACGCGAUGGUACAGGAGGACCAACUGUUGAGCCUCUUGGAGCUACACGAUAAGGUGCGAGCGAAGGGCAGGCGAUGGUGGGACACGGUGUCGUCGUCGCAGCAAUCCGAGAUUCAACGGGUUUUCGGUCGGAUGCCGGACACCGAAGAGGAUUGGCCUCGUUUACCGGACGGGCCGUCCUGGACGUGGUGGUUGCUGGCGAUUUUACCGUUGGGGCCGCAGCUGCAGGUAGGGAUUCUCGGGACGACCAGCCUGGAAAAGCGAUUGAGGGCCAUCGAGAAGACCCUGGAUCACAUGGAGCAGAGGCAGUUGACGGUUGCUCCGGCGCCAUCGGAGGAAACGACCACUUCCUCCAGUAUAUGCCGAGACGGGGGUGGUAUCGCGGAGACGACGGUCUCCGUCAUACAGCAGUCCUAAGACGAAAAAUCAUGUUCCUCGGGGACACAUCGUUCGGAGAUCGUUACGCCGCGGCGAACAAAGGGGAUUCGACUUUCACUCGAUGUACAAAGUACUUGUGACGUAGGUUAUCGAAAAUUGCCACUUUUUACUCGAUAUUUAAUGUCCGGAAGCGGGGCGACGGGGGCUCCGCGGCUCGCGAUCGGUCGGGUUUCCGGUCCUCGUCGACCUCCGGUCUUUCUUCUUACACUUAAUCCCGUUGAUUACGUUUUAAUUCGAGUGCGCUCGGUACUCGCUAAACUUAUGCAUCCAAGCGCCUUAUCGACGGAACGAUAACGCGAUUACGAAAGGCGGGGCACGCGGGUUUUACGGGGCACCGGAUCGCGUUCGUCGCGAUUCGCGAUUCGUUUCCACCUCGCGGAGAUCGUGGCUCGUCCGACGGAUCCGCUAAAUCGUUUCACAAAUAUUUCUCUUUGCUCUCUCGAUUUCAUUCGUUUCUUCUUCUUAAUAAUUUUUUUAUAAUUUUUACAAAACUUAAUUCUCCUUCCACGCCUAUUUGAAACAACUUCCGCGCAUUCGCGUUUUAAAGUACGCCACGAUCUUCGAGAGGACAAUGGUUGGAACUUCCGGAUGCGAACAGCGACGAGAUCUCAGACUCUCCGUGUAAAACUCCCGAAGAAUCGCGACGUUUAAAUUUAUGCUACCGCGUCUAUUGAAAAAUGAACGUUAUUACGUAUGUGUAGACUUUGGUCUUGAAAUCUACGUUUACCUAUGAAUUAUCUAUACGAAUUGAGAUAACUCGAGCAACAACCAUUUAUUUAAUCCUGCAUCGCAUUUCUCCACGUAGAAAUUCACGCUGGUCGUUGCUCAAACUCCCUACAGACUAUAACGAUCGCAGCGAACCUGUAAGUUUCAUAGACUCAUCGCGCCGAAUCGACGCGAUGUUUCUGCGAAUCUUCGAGUCGAAGUAUCUUGCUGCUCGAGCGUACUCUGUUUCGACCAAUAAAAUCACACGUUUCGUGUACGUGUCUCGCAUUCGAAAGCUCCAACCGUAGGUAAAAAAUAUAAUAGUGUAGCACGGGGCCCCGCAAACGUCGGAUAAUCGGCGAUUAUUCGAUCAGAAAUUUGUCCCGUUCCAAAAAGUCACAUAUCCCGUACGAAAGUUAUCGUUCGCCUCGGUAAGGCGUCGCGAUUCUCUAUGCGCUGUUGCAAUACGCAAAUCUGUUCUUCCAAAAUAAUCUAUAUACAUAUAUCAAUAUGUAUACACAUACGUUUACGUAUACAUGUAUCUACGAGCAUGUAAUACGACACGUUGCAAUCAGAGGUACGCGCGUCGUUUCACGCUUACGUUUCGAUCGUACCCCGACUUGAAAUUUUGUACCUUCUAACGAAUCGCGUGGAUAUACAUAUACUCGUACGCAGGGUGUCCUGUUCAAGUAGAGAAAACAAAAGUAUCUCGUAAACGAUCGAAGACGCGAACGAUUUGUUAUUUUAAGCGACGAAUCGUGUGAACGGAUUCAUUGUAUACAUCGUAGUAGAGACAUCUUUUUAUACGUAUAAAAUUGCUGGAAACAUU